AUGGAGGGCGAGACCAUGGAGGGCGAGACCAUGGAGGGCGAGACCAUGGAGUAUGAGACCAUGGAGGGUGAGACCAUGGAGGGCGAGACCAUGGAGGGUGAGACCAUGGAGGGUGAGACCAUGGAGUAUGAGACCAUGGAGGGCGAGACCAUGGAGUAUGAGACCAUGGAGGGUGAGACCAUGGAGGGCGAGACCAUGGAGUAUGAGACCAUGGAGUGUGAGACCAUGGAGGGUGAGACCAUGGAGGGUGAGACCAUGGAGGGCGAGACCAUGGAGUAUGAGACCAUGGAGGGUGAGACCAUGGAGGGCGAGACCAUGGAGUAUGAGACCAUGGAGGGUGAGACCAUGGAGGGUGAGACCAUGGAGUAUGAGACCAUGGAGGGUGAGACCAUGGAGGGUGAGACCAUGGAGGGCGAGACCAUGGAGGGUGAGACCAUGGAGUAUGAGACCAUGGAGGGCGAGACCAUGGAGUAUGAGACCAUGGAGGGUGAGACCAUGGAGGGUGAGACCAUGGAGUGUGAGACCAUGGAGGGCGAGACCAUGGAGGGUGAGACCAUGGAGUAUGAGACCAUGGAGUAUGAGACCAUGGAGGGCGAGACCAUGGAGGGCGAGACCAUGGAGGGUGAGACCAUGGAGGGCGAGACCAUGGAGUAUGAGACCAUGGAGUGUGAGACCAUGGAGGGUGAGACCAUGGAGGGUGAGACCAUGGAGUGUGAGACCAUGGAGGGUGAGACCAUGGAGGGUGAGACCAUGGAGUAUGAGACCAUGGAGGGCGAGACCAUGGAGUAUGAGACCAUGGAGGGUGAGACCAUGGAGGGCGAGACCAUGGAGUAUGAGACCAUGGAGUGUGAGACCAUGGAGGGUGAGACCAUGGAGGGUGAGACCAUGGAGGGCGAGACCAUGGAGUAUGAGACCAUGGAGGGUGAGACCAUGGAGGGCGAGACCAUGGAGUAUGAGACCAUGGAGGGUGAGACCAUGGAGGGUGAGACCAUGGAGUAUGAGCAUGAGACCAUGGAGGGUGAGACCAUGGAGGGUGAGACCAUGGAGGGCGAGACCAUGGAGGGUGAGACCAUGGAGUAUGAGACCAUGGAGGGCGAGACCAUGGAGUAUGAGACCAUGGAGGGUGAGACCAUGGAGGGUGAGACCAUGGAGUGUGAGACCAUGGAGGGUGAGACCAUGGAGGGUGAGACCAUGGAGUAUGAGACCAUGGAGGGCGAGACCAUGGAGUAUGAGACCAUGGAGGGUGAGACCAUGGAGGGCGAGACCAUGGAGUAUGAGACCAUGGAGUGUGAGACCAUGGAGGGUGAGACCAUGGAGGGUGAGACCAUGGAGGGCGAGACCAUGGAGUAUGAGACCAUGGAGGGUGAGACCAUGGAGGGCGAGACCAUGGAGUAUGAGACCAUGGAGGGUGAGACCAUGGAGGGUGAGACCAUGGAGUAUGAGACCAUGGAGGGUGAGACCAUGGAGGGUGAGACCAUGGAGGGCGAGACCAUGGAGGGUGAGACCAUGGAGUAUGAGACCAUGGAGGGCGAGACCAUGGAGUAUGAGACCAUGGAGGGUGAGACCAUGGAGGGUGAGACCAUGGAGUGUGAGACCAUGGAGGGCGAGACCAUGGAGGGUGAGACCAUGGAGUAUGAGACCAUGGAGUAUGAGACCAUGGAGGGCGAGACCAUGGAGGGCGAGACCAUGGAGGGUGAGACCAUGGAGGGCGAGACCAUGGAGUAUGAGACCAUGGAGUGUGAGAACAUGGAGGGUGAGACCAUGGAGGGCGAGACCAUGGAGUAUGAGACCAUGGAGGGUGAGACCAUGGAGGGCGAGACCAUGGAGUAUGAGACCAUGGAGGGUGAGACCAUGGAGGGUGAGACCAUGGAGUAUGAGACCAUGGAGGGUGAGACCAUGGAGGGUGAGACCAUGGAGGGCGAGACCAUGGAGUAUGAGACCAUGGAGGGCGAGACCAUGGAGUAUGAGACCAUGGAGGGUGAGACCAUGGAGGGUGAGACCAUGGAGUGUGAGACCAUGGAGGGCGAGACCAUGGAGGGUGAGACCAUGGAGUAUGAGACCAUGGAGUAUGAGACCAUGGAGGGUGAGACCAUGGAGGGCGAGACCAUGGACGGCGAGACCAUGGAGGGCGAGACCAUGGAGGGCGAGACCAUGGAGGGUGAGACCAUGGAGGGUGAGACCAUGGAGUAUGAGACCAUGGAGUAUGAGACCAUGGAGGGCGAGACCAUGGAGGGCGAGACCAUGGAGGGUGAGACCAUGGAGGGCGAGACCAUGGAGGGCGAGACCAUGGAGGGUGAGACCAUGGAGUAUGAGACCAUGGAGGGUGAGACCAUGGAGUGUGAGACCAUGGAGGGCGAGACCAUGGAGUAUGAGACCAUGGAGUAUGAGACCAUGGAGGGUGAGACCAUGGAGUGUGAGACCAUGGAGGGUGAGACCAUGGAGGGCGAGACCAUGGAGUGUGAGACCAUGGAGGGUGAGACCAUGGAGGGUGAGACCAUGGAGGGCGAGACCAUGGAGUGUGAGACCAUGGAGGGUGAGACCAUGGAGGGUGAGACCAUGGAGGGUGAGACCAUGGAGGGUGAGACUAUGGAGGGCGAGACCAUGGAGUGUGAGACCAUGGAGGGUGAGACCAUGGAGGGUGAGACCAUGGAGGGCGAGACCAUGGAGUGUGAGACCAUGGAGGGUGAGACCAUGGAGGGUGAGACCAUGGAGGGCGAGACCAUGGAGUGUGAGACCAUGGAGGGUGAGACCAUGGAGGGCGAGACCAUGGAGGGCGAGACCAUGGAGGGCGAGACCAUGGAGGGUGAGACCAUGGAGGGUGAGACCAUGGAGGGCUUAUGGUCUACUACAUAA